CAGGGACUGGGUGGCCGCAGCCUGUUUUUCUUUUCAUCCGUAAUGGGGCAGCACUGCGCCAUUUGGUGCAGCAGCAGAAGAGCAAGAGCUGCAUUAGAAAGUGCUGAAAAUAACGGACCUGUGCUUCGCAGGUCCAACCGCUAUUGUACUCGUCUCCAUUUGUGACAGAAGUCCUCACUGAGACGAAAGGAAAGAUGUCCGAGUCUGAGGAGGCAUUCGAAAGCGCUGACGAGGAUGUGGACGAAUCGAAGCCGAAGAAGCGCGGCCGAACGACGUCCGAGAAGCUGAGUGAGAUCAAGGAGACCGAGUCGCCCGUGCGCGACUGCAAAGGCAAGGGGGACGGGUCGUUUCCCGAAGUCGGCGACUCCGCUCAAAACGAUGGUGCCAGCGAUGAGCGUACCGCUGCGGCAGCUGACACCGACGUCAGGGCUGGCUCCGAACCGAAGAGUAAAGACGAUGCGGCGGAAACACCACCGGCAAAGGAGAUGGGCGUCCUAGAGCGCCUUGCGCAGGUUGCUUCUAGAGAUGAGAAGAGUUCACCAAUCAACUGGGGUUUUGGAAAGUGGGGAUCGUCCAUUCUGUCGACAGCUGCAACAUCCGUAAGCACCUUCACCAACCAAGUCUCACAAGGAAUUGGAACUGUCAUCGAGACUGUGGAGUCGACUCUCGGUGCUCCGAAUCCAGAAGAACUUGCUCAGGAACUGGAAAGUGCAAAACUCGAAACGCAGCCAGAUGCCUCCUUGGGUCAAGUCACUUCAGACACAGAUCAGUCCAAGGCUGGUCAGACUGAGGAGAAGCACGACAGCCCAGGAGUGGGUGGUAUCCUCAGUGGUGUCACAGCCUUCACCAAAGCCAUUGAAGCCACUGGUUCUAAAGUGCUGAGCGGUGGUCUUGACACACUGGAGAUGAUCGGCAAGAAGACCAUGGACAUUCUGACCGAAGGAGACCCUGGCUUGCGCAAAAAACGGGGCGUGUUCGAGGGGAAGACAAGUCUCUCCGAGGUGCUGCGUGAGGCAAAGAUGAAGGCAGAAAAAGAAGCUGAGGAGAGGAAGGCAGAGGAGGCUGAGGAAGUGGUCAACUACAGCAAGCUUUUCGACGAGCACCAAGGUCUUGUGCAUCUGGAAGCACUAGAAAUGCUCUGUGGAGAGCGGAAGACAGCUGUGCAGCAGAAACUGAUGGAAGCUGGCGAAGAGGAGAGGGCUGAACUGAAUGCCUUGCUCGAAAAAAUAAAGAGGACUUGCGAGAGCCUGCCUGCGACUGACGAUACUCCAGAUGAUGAGCUUGAACAAGAGUUCGAAAAGUUGGUGACGGGCCACCUUUCCGAAAUUGGCCUCAACCUUAGAGGAGAGAAACUGAAAGAGACUGACAUUGAAGUGAGAGAGUGGCUUCGAGACUGCACAGAACGACAGGAAAAAGGUGAAAAGGUGGAUGCAAAGGAGAUCUACAGGCGAGGCAUUGAGACCCUGGCCGAAAUGACAGCAAAAACCAUGGAGCUGUACCACAAGGUUGCCGAACUUCUACUCGUGAAGUCUUCGCCCGACAGGACGCCCAUGCACUACGCUACUCAACUCACAGGCCUGACUGCUGUGCUUUGCACUGAAGUGGCCAUCCUGUCUGCCCAGUGUGGUCGCUGCCUCAACACAGCUGCUGAUGACUCUGAAGACCCAGACUCAGUGACGCCGUUGAUUACGAAUAUCUAUUUGGAGGCCUCAAACAGCAACACCUACAUCCAAGAUGGCUUCCAGCUCCUGGUGCCCAUACUACAGCUGCUUGCUGUGCAACAAAAACUUGAUUGAAGGAUGGCUUCGGGAUUCUGAUGCCAACUUGUACACAGCUGUAACUCCGAUAGAGUACUGCACAGGGUUCUGAAUGUUUUCGUUGAAUCCAUCUGUUGAAUGUGUUAACACCUUAUCGGACUUAGGUAUCGCCUGAAAAUGGUCCGACAGUGGAAGUGUUCGAUCGCCAUGGGACUGAUGGCAAAGACAUCAGCCUUGAUUGAGUAAGACGAGAAUGUACUUGAAGUUUCUUGGAUAAUUUCUAGUGGCAGCCAGUUGCCUGUGUUGAUCAUCGCGUUUGAUUAAAGCUAGAUAGUUUAACUUUGGGAACUUGCUCACAUUAUAUGCCGCGAAAGUGAUAAUUACCUAGCGCAUCCGUAUGAUACCACAGACAAGUUGUAUUGAGCAUUGUAAACUUAUUCAAUAUGAUUCUCUGAAAAUGUCACCACUAACAGAUUCCAAUUAAUGAGUUUGUGAUGGCAAGAUAGCUUCGAGAUAAUUAUAUCUAAAUAAUCCAAGCACAUUUAAAAUUGCAUGCUUGCCACGUUUGCCGUGCCGGUUAAACUGCUGCGUUAACUGUUGCAGCAGACACUUGCAUUGCAGUAGCAUAUGCAUGAAACCCUGUGGCUAUAUUGCUAACCGGUUCUCUGAAGAUGUAGCCUGCUGUCUUGCAAAUGCACCUUUGGUAUUUAGAGCUUGUGGUGGUCAUCAGCAAAGAUCAUGCAUGCUGUUACAGAAGCACAUUUUAAAUUUUAAAACAUUGCGUAGGCUGGUCAAGCCCGUAGCCAGCAAUAUUUUUCGGGGGGAGGGGGGUGCACUUGCUGAAGGCCUUGACAAUUUCAGAAGCACACCUAUUGUCAAAAUUUUUUUUCAGUAAAACACCCCCCCCCCUUCCCGCUAUGUGCCUGCGGCUGGUGCAUGCUUCUAGGUUAAUUUUUUUUUCUCAAUUGUCAGGCAAAAUAGCAAGCUGCUGUACUUUCUCAGCUUCCACCUCAAGCUCAAUGUAGAAUUACAGAGCCAUUUCUUUUAUGAUACGUUUAGCAUGUUAAAAAAUAAAAUAAACUUAGCCAGUAGCACUGAAAAAAAAAAUUUGUUCUCUCUUAAGCACUGUGUCAAAUGCGGCAAUUCCAGAUUGGUGAAAAGAUGGCAUUUUGUACAUCUUUCCAAGAGUCGCAUUGAAACUCUUGCAUGCACACACGCUUGAAAGCAGGGCAGCUGUGGCAGUGUAAGUUUUUUAUGAGUGCUUUCAUUGGCCAAAAGAAGAUUCAUGCUGAUCUGUACAAAGAAUGGAAUGGCAUGUUGCAUUUCGGCCUGUCUGAUGUACUUGCUGCUACAAAUACAGAGCACACUGAUGCUGGUCAUUUCAGGCUGCUAGACUUAACGCACCGACUGCAUAUCUGGUUGGUACAUCGAAGCUGCUGUUGGCCUGACCAUACAUUAACAGAGAUAACUUUGCUGAUCAAUCUUCAGCCGUUUAGCAUGCCAAAAGUGUUACAUGUUCUAAUGCUUAGGUGUGUGUUACGAUUGCUAUUGCUUCCGCAUGUACAUACAACUGUGUUGGAAAUGGUACCUGCAUGCCUGUGUGCUAGUGUGUUUGUGUAAAUAAAUGUUGUAAAACUGAUAUUUUGCACAAAGCUAUCUAGGACGACCCAAAUGAAACACAGUAAGGAUUGAUAUGCUACUGAAAUACUUACUGUGUUUCGAUGAAUGUUGCCUGAACUUGUACCACUGACCUUCAGUCAAGAUGCUUCCAUGCAUUCAGAGCUUGUAUGUGUUAACUGAACAAAAAAUACGAAGGCGCCGACCACAAGAGAAUAAAAAUGUAAUGCCGUUUCGCCACCCAGAAUGGGAGCCUUGUUCACAACUGAGCUUAUUGCGAACAAGGCUCCCGUUCUGGGUGCCGAAACGUCAUUACAUUUUUAUUCUCUUGUGGUCGGCGUCUUCGUCUUUUUUAUUCAACAAUUCUUCCCGACCAGACGGGCGUCCGUCGAAGCCUUGAUUUUAUGUGUUAAGUGAUGUUUACCAGAAAGUUUAAUCGAAGGAGUUGGGUGAAAUAUUCAUUAUGCUCUAAUAUACAAAUUCCUAUUGCAGCAGUUGAAAGACUGUUGCAAUGAGACAACCACUUUCUUUUCAUUCCUCCCUCUUAGUCAUGUUGCCGUAGUGGUGUUCUAAGCCUCAGAUAUGCAAAAAGACACGUCUGAUAAUAUUCCCUAGCUCCGUCAACUGUUUAGACAUGUGAUCAUUGUGUGCAGUCAUUCCUUUUGUAGUAUAAAGAUUAUGAUCAAAGAAAUGCAGGGAAAUUGUCAUUCGGGUGCUACACAUUGUCAGGCUCAGAAACUGCACUUAUGGUGGCUUUAUUAUUAGGUGCAAUAAAUCAAUGGACACAGCUCUUGGCACUGAAAACCGGUUAACUGCGACAUGAUUCUUGAGGGGCUGAAAAGUGAGCUAUGAUAACUUUUACUUUAGUCUUCAUGGCACUGUGGUAUCUAUUCAGCUUCUACAUUCACUGUACUAAUAAUAACCACUACAAUACAAAAAUCCAAGUGCAGGCAUACCAUUUGCAUGGAAGUCAGCAAGUUUACCUGUAUAGGUUACAGGUCAUCCAAUAAGGACACAUGCCGUUUACAAGUGAAUCUGCUUGCUGAAACUCCACGACCCAUAAGCCUUCAGUUGUCCUCCAAUAGCGCCAAGAAUGCACAAUAUCCUCAGCUUUGCACUGCCCAUUGAGUAUAUCUGCAACCAUGGUUUUUACGUCGGCAUUUGUCUGUGCACAGAGCUUAAAAUUAAUGCCCUGUUUUUCGCCAGUUACGCGAGUUAACCUUGUGGUUGUGCAUCCGGAACCCAUUAUGUGAUAGCAAAGCUCUAAAGAUAGUGACUCUUCUGCCUUUAGACUAGCUAUGUCCCCACUGUACGUACAAGCAUAUGUGUAUACAAUGGAAGCCUUAUUCCUUUUUCUUCGAUACGGAUUGCAAUUUGCAUUUGAAGAAGGUAGAACUUGGCUGCACUAGCAGCUAGUUUUGUGUCAGUGCGUUACACUCGUUAAAAGUUGUGGGUCAAUGUUCAACACUCCUUGCAUUUUUAAUGAGCCUCACAUUCUGUCUAGAGCUGUGAACAUGCACUGGUGUCUGAGAUUGGGCCAAGUGUAAUGGUAUUGCAUCACUGGCCAUUUUAUUUCAGGAAUUACCUUAUUACAGGUACCACUGUACAGUCUGUAACAUAGCGAGACAGUUCCUUCUGCUUGCUCGUGGGAAGUGUGACUGCGAAAUGUUUUGCCUGUAUUAAUUCACUUAUUGCACGCUGGGUGCUGCUCUCAAUAAAGAGACUGAGGUUAAGACAAAA